AUAGGUUUGUUUAUUGGAGCCCAUCGUCAAAAAGCGCUGUUUGGGAGGGCAGGUCAAUCCUAGAUCGGAACAGGAUAGCCGCUACACCUGCCAAAAAACGCUUUUUGCUGUCAGAUAUCCUGUUGAGAAUCUAUAGCUGAACAUAAGGAUGGAACCCUCGGAUGUUCGCCGGAGUCGUUCGCCAUUUGAUCUCAUCAUGAACCAGAUCCGCAGGAAACGCACCACCUCAGACAGGAAGUCAACAUCAGGCCGCUUCCUGUCCCACCAGGUCGAUAGUGGAGGGAUUUCAGAGGACAGAGAGACCGAGGAGGAGAAGGGGGGAACGAGUGUUGCCCCGGAUCCAGCUGACCUGGAGGAUGGUGUGUGCGACAUGGGCUGGGGGCGUGUUUGUGUGUUUGUCCAGAGGCUGGGGAAGAGAGCUGACAGCAGGACACUGAGUCUGGCCUAUUGUGAUCUUACCGCUACUGAUGCAUUGGAGCUGGCGACGUUGCUCCCAUGUCUCUCUCUGCUGGAGGAGCUGGACCUGUCGUGGAACGAGCUGAUUGGGGGAAGCCUGAGAUUGUUGACUUCUCACCUCCAGAAUGUGGGCAGGCUCAGAAUCCUCAGAUUAUCCAGCUGUAGGCUGGCUGCUGAUGACAUCAUGGCUCUGGGUGAGGCUUUGGAGUUUCUUCCACUGUUAGAGGUUCUGGACUUGUCCUGGAAUGCUGGUGUUGGUGGAGGAGCUUUGCAAGGCAUUGUGGGUAAAGUCCACCCAACCCUUACAGAACUUCAUUUGGUGGCUUGUCAACUGACUGAAACCGAUGCUGAUGUAUUGGGGAGUGUGGUUAGUGUCCUCCCCAGACUCCGUGUGUUGGAUUUGUCGUGCAAUACUCACCUGGCCCGCACACAGACGCCGACAGAAGGAGGCGGCAUGUACAAAUCAACGGCAGAGGUUGACAGAUUAGAGGGGUUGUUCCUCUCUUUAAGCCAAACUCCUUCCCUGACCUCUCUUCGACUACAUGACUGUGGCCUGACCGGAGGCUCCCUCAACCUCCUCGGUGGUUCAUUCCAGUGCCUCGGUUCCCUGUGUCAGUUGGACCUGUCCUGUAACAAAGGUGUGGCCGGGGGCCUGUCCAUCCUCUGUCCUCACCUGGCUGUCCUCUCACACCUCAGCAGCCUGGAUCUGCACCUCUGUUGCCUCACACGGGAAGACCUAAGGGCCCUCAUCGAGGUGCUGCCCUCGCUCCCUGAGCUGACGAAACUGGACCUGUCAUCCAAUAAGGAGGUUGGAGGUGUGGUCAGUGACAUAGUCCCUGCCCUCCCGCUGUCACAGAUUAAACUCCUCCCGCUCAAUGGAUGCAGACUGACCUACGAAUCGUUUUCUUCACUCGCUCUAGCGAUGCCGUAUCUGCGGCGUGUAGAUGUGUCCUGGAGUAAAGUUGUGGGCGGGCGCCUGUCGCUGCUAUUAAACGGUCUGCAGCCGUCAAUCCUCCAGGAGCUCCGCCUUAGCAGUUGUGACCUCACCACCGAAGACCUCCUUCAUUUGGCUGCAGUGUGUAGGCGUCGGAUUUUGUCCACUCUGCGUGUGCUGGACCUUUCCUAUAACAGAGGGGUUAGGGAGGAGGGCUGGUCUGGACUGCUGGCGGAGGAGGGGCUGGGCUCCUUGGAGGAGCUGGAUGUUAGCCUCCAGACCCUGACCUCCAACCCCUCACCCCUGACCUGGUUACCAGCCUUACUCACUGCUUUACCUCGUCUACCUGCACUGACACGCCUCUCACUCCAGAGAUGGACACUCACAACCCAGGCGCGGGAGCAACUUAACCACUCCCUCAGGAAGAGAAAUGUCCUAUUAGAGGUGGACACACCCACCUCUGCCUCAUCGUCUAAACAAGAGAGGGCAGAAGAGGCACCAUGUGAGGAGUAGAGAAUGGACUUGGAAAUAGGCUUUUAACUUCAAAUCUACUGUAAUGGUCAGGCACAGUUUAAGGCAAUUACAUUUUUUAGUUGCUUGGCAACAAGCCCACAUUUACAAUAAUUUUUGCACAUACCUCAAAUUUAUUUUAUGAUACAUGAAGUUCCAGUUGAGUAAAUGCGUGUUCGCAAAUGGUGCGACCCGUGAUCUGAUCUGUUUAGCAAGGUCUGUUACUGGGAGUUACAGCUUCACUUUGGCAUUCAAAUAAAAUAUGUACCGUCACAUGAUUAACAAGUCUGUCUCCUCGGGGUGCGUUUGUGUGUUGUAAGACUGCAGGUGAAUAGUACACUCUCUGUGUGUUUGUCUGUAGGUGCUCACCUACCACGCAACACUGUCCAACAGAAGGAGCUUUACCCCCCUACCUCCAGGCAAUGCUCAAAGCUUCCGUCCUUACCCAGGCCCUUUGUUCAGCCACUUCUGGCUUGCCUGUUUUCAGAAUCCCUCUGACUAAAUGAGUGUGUCAUUGCGUUCACCUUUUUUGCUCAUCUUUGACAGAAGCAGAACAUGCACUUCUCAUUUCUUUAUUUUCUGGCGGUUGCCUUCCUCUUUUCUCUUCUGCCUCGCUCUAAUGUCCUUCUCUGUUUUCUUUAAUGUUCUGUUAACUCUAUUUCAAAGCAAAACCUGUAGCCAGUUUCCAUUAUUUACGGUUUUCAAACCUUGAGGGUGUUUCCAUGGCGAUAUACAACAUCCCAUAGACCAGAAGCACAGAACAGCAGCAUAGAU